GCGCUCCCGGAAGCGCAGGCUGCUCUCUGUUUUGGCCUCUUCUCGCGGACGGCGCACCGUGCGGCUUCCGUGCGUGCGCCCGAGCUGCGUACGGCUGCACGGCCAGGCCCCACCCACGCGAGAGCAGAGCCUGCGCGUCUCCGAAUUUUCACGUGCUCGCAUGGCGGCCGGUCCGCUCGCUCGCCGACGGCGAGAGAGGAGGGCGCGCGACGACUGCCAGCUUGGCUGCGGGCCGCGCUCCGGCUGAUUGAUCGGCUUUCGGGAGGCGCGCAGCCGCGACGCAACUUGGCGUCCGCACGCCGUCGAGCGGCACGGCCUUCGGGUUCGAUCGGACACAGGAGAGCCGGCGAGGCGCAGUUGGCCGCAGCCGCGGGGCCAAAGGCCACAGGCGCGAGUCGCGAGUCGCGCGACCUUGGCCACUGGGCGCUCCUCUGGGCCGCUGUUCGAUCGUCGGCGCGCGCAAGCUCUCUCGCGCACACGGCCUGGUCGCGGGCACGUACUACUACUAUCCGUCUCGCGCCGCCAGCGCCACCGAGGGGCUCGGCCCGCGCCUGCGGGUCGAUCCAGGAUUAACCGCAGUCCGAUGCUGCUCCCUGUAUUCGCUUACAUCGUGCUUCGUCGUUGCACGUCGGUCAGUCGGCGCCUCGUCGGGCUGCGCGCACGUAUAUAGCCAACAAGCCGCUGAAAGUUGAUAGCGCUAACUGAUCGCAUUGACGCGGCCGAACGAGCGACACGCAAUGGUGCAGGUUGGCCGGCAAUAAAUAUAUAUGGUAUUCACGCGUCGUCCUGAUCUCCCGCGACUGCGCCGUUUUGAUUGCGGCCCAGUAUUUAUAGAAUAUGGAACGCGCGCGCGCUUUCCGAGUCUCAGGCUUAUUGGUUCGCGCGCAAAGUGUAAAAGUGGCUAGUGGAUGCCGCGCAGCUUUUUUGCCUUUUCGCACGGUUCGCCGAGCGCCGGUGACGCGCGUGUUUUCUUUAGCGCUGCUCGCGCCAAGCCAUUCCGACGACUCGACAGCCCGACUGCUUCGCGUUGGCUAUUUUUUACGAAUAGCCGUAGAGCUGAUCAGCGCAUAGUCUCUACGCAUCUGACGCAAUGUAGCGUUCGGAUUUCGACGCUGCCAAUAUUUCGAUCGCUCGGAAAUCAAAUAAAUCAAUCAAUGGCUCGCUCGUCAUGACUUUCAAUAAUUUCCAAUGGAAACAUUUAUUUUCUUUCCUAAGCACGCUUCCUAUAAUCAGCUAUAUGUAGCUACAUGCUCUAAAGGUCUAAAAGUCAAGUCUGUGUCUCAAGUCUGUGUCAGACGGGCGCGCAAUCGAUGGGUAUAGCUUCUUUUACAGCAGCGUGACGUGGCUUCAUCAGCUACACUCGUCCAACUUUGUAUGCAGCAAAUGCCGAUUAGCGAACCCGAACUACUGGGAAUGCCACGCUCGUUCCCUCAAAAAUAGAACCGCAUCAUUUCCGAUUCGAGCAAUUAAAGAGAGAGAGAGAGAGAAAGAGAGAGCGCGCGCCCGCCGUCCCACACCAUGGUACACAACCCGGCCCCGAAAGCCCGCAAGUUCCGGCGCAGCAGCAAAAGAAUGCGAAUCCGAGUCUACGAAUGCGCAACAACUGCUGGUCCAAGCCCGAAGAAGGCAACCUACAGUCAGCAGAACAGCAGCAGCAGCAACAGCAAUUGCCGCAGCUGGCGACUGAUAUGGGGAACGACGAAGGCGGAGGUGGAGGGAGCCGAGGGUUGGCGGGGCAGGACCCAGAGAAGGACGACCCUGUUAACCUCAAGAGACGGGUGGGACUCGUCAGUGGGGUGGCUCUAAUCGUUGGCACCAUGAUUGGCUCAGGAAUUUUCGUUUCACCGACCAGUCUCUUGAUAAGAACCGGCAGCGUCGGCAUGAGUUUCGUCGUGUGGACAGGCUGCGGCCUGUUGAGCUUGUGCGGGGCGUUGGCGUACGCGGAGCUCGGCACCAUGAACACGAGCAGCGGCGCUGAGUACGCCUACUUCAUGGACGCGUUUGGGGCCUGGCCAGCCUUCCUGUUCUCGUGGGUGUCGACUCUGGUACUGAAGCCAUCUCAGAUGGCGAUAAUCUGCUUGUCGUUCGCCCAGUACGCUGUGGAGGCAUUCGCCGCCGAAUGCACGCCACCGAGUGAGGUGGUCAAGCUCGUUGCCCUCCUCACAAUCGUCCUCAUCCUUCUCGUCAAUUGCUACAGCGUGAAUCUUGCCACUGGAGUGCAGAAUGCUUUCACCGCUGGCAAACUCAUCGCCAUUCUGGUGAUCGUCGCCGGCGGCAGUUACAAGCUCGUGCAGGGCAACACCCAGCAUUUGCACAACGCGUUCGAUAGCUUUGAGGACAAGACAGGCGGUGAAAACGCAGUGAAGAGACAGAUAUUCAAUGUCGGUCGCUUGGCUACAGCUUUUUACACUGGGCUCUGGGCUUACGACGGAUGGAACAAUUUGAAUUACGUCACUGAAGAAAUCAAAGAUCCAUCCAAGAACUUGCCAAGGUCCAUUAUGAUCGGCAUACCUCUUGUUACGCUUUGCUACGCGCUGAUCAACGUUUCCUAUUUGGCGGUCAUGUCGCCGCUGGAAAUGAUCGAGAGCGAGGCCGUAGCUGUGUCAUUCGGCAACCGAAUCCUCGGCGUAAUGGCCUGGUUGAUGCCAUUGUCCGUGGCAGUGAGUACCUUUGGUUCGGCAAACGGCACUCUAUUCGCGGCUGGUCGACUCUGUUUCGCAGCUUCGCGCGAGGGCCAUCUAAUGGACUGCUUGAGCUACGUGCACGUGCGUCGUUUUACACCAGCACCAGGACUGAUUUUCCACUCGCUCGUCGCAAGCACAAUGGUGUUAUCAGGCAGCAUCGACUCGCUCAUCGACUUCUUCAGCUUCACGGCGUGGAUUUUUUACGGCGGGGCCAUGCUAGCUUUACUGGUGAUGAGACGUACAAGACCAAAUCAUCCGAGACCUUACCGGUGUCCAUUGGUUAUUCCGGUGCUGGUACUACUGAUAUCGAUCUACUUGAUCGUGGCGCCAAUUAUCGACAAGCCGCAGAUCGAGUAUCUUUACGCGGCUGGCUUUAUCGCCGCUGGUAUGCUGUUCUACCUUCCAUUCGUCAAGUACGGAUACGUUCCGAAAUUCAUGGAAGGAGUCAAUGCUUUUCUGCAAAUGCUACUCGAGGUAGCCCCAACCGCUGCAGCUAUGGAUUGAUGAACAAUAAUCAAAUGGCGUACAACGAUAUGAAUACUACCAAACACAUCAAGUUAUUAACUGUCGAGAAUCCACGUCUGUAUGUCGCUCUUAUGUCGAAGACACACAAGCUUUGGAAAUAAUUUUACAGCGAUUAUGCUCAAGUGAAAUGAAAAAAGAAACGAAGUAUACAUAUAUAUAUAUAUAUAUAUAUGUGUAUAUAUAUAUAUAUUACAUAUACACUAUAUAUACAAAUACAC